AUUUUGUACGCAAUAAACCAUAUUCUUCUUUAAUUUCUCCGUCGCUUUUUCUCGACGACAUUGGGUAUCGAAUUCCGUUGAAAAGCUUCGUCGUCAACGGGCAGCCGGCGUAUUGACGGUCUUUUCCGAUUCAAACAAUUUCGAGUUGUGUUGUUGGAUGAGAAAGGUUGCUUAAGAUUUGAGACUAAAUGACUGAGAUGGAUUCUGACAAUGACUUCACAUUUUGUCAGGUGGGUUUACCUGAAAAAGAUGAUAAAGAGGCAAAGGAUCUUGCAUAUGACAUAGGUGAUAUUACAUUGAGGGAUGAAUUGACAAAUGGCGCCGUCAGUAGGACGAAUGUCAUUUGGGAUGAUAAUUUGUCAAAUGAUAUCACUUCCAGAAAGCAGGCAACAGUGGGUUCCUUGCAUUUCAAUGUUACUGAUAUGUCGUCUUCAAAACAAUCAAGCACACAGUCAACAGAAAAGGUGCCAAAAGAUGCUGAGAAAGUUGCGAAGGUUUCAGGAAAACAAGGGACUGCUGGGCGUAGGCCUGCAACUCGAACAAAGGUUCCUUUUGAAAGGGGGUAUAGCCAAAUGGAUUGGCUUAAGCUUACUCGAACCCAUCCUGAUCUUGCAGGAUUGAAAGGCCAGUCAAAUAAAAGGCUUAUCCCUAUGAGCGAAGUUAAAGAACAUCAGACCGAGGGCUCGAUGUGGACUGUUCUGAAAGGUCGUGUGUACAACUUAUCUCCUUACAUGAAGUUUCACCCUGGAGGUGCUGAUAUACUCAUGAAAGCAGUGGGAAAAGAUUGUACAUCUUUAUUCAAUAAAUACCAUGCAUGGGUGAAUGCUGAAUUUUUGUUGGAGAAGUGUUUGGUUGGCACUUUGGAUAAUAGUCAUUGACAGUUUUAUGGCAUGUAGCCUUGACCAUGUCUAGAUGGUGUGUUGCAUUGCACAAGUAGUCAAAGAUUUGGUAUCAGAAUGUGUUGGGAACGAACUUACUUGAAGGUUCGAAGGUUCCGAGCAACGAUAGUAUGCACACUUGAAUUUGAUUUUGAAUUAACUUCUAAGAUAUAUUACCUAUUCUUAAGCAUAGAAAGUUAGGUAUUUUCUGGAUAUUGCAGGGCACAAACCAAAUAAAAAUCUUGACGGACAAUGUUUAUAUCUAUAUAUUGUGACUAUCCAAGAUUCUGUUGUGCACCAGGACCAACUUUAGUCUAAAAUAUUUGGUUAUCUUGA